AUGUUGGAGCUACAGGCUCAACGCCCUACAACGCACCCCUUCAAUCAUCCCAAUCAAGGCCUCGACAAUCCUAGUCCCAGAAAAACUCCUUACGAGCAUGGCAUCACUCUAGAAUAUGACGAGCUCCCAGACGAACCCAUAGAUGACCCGUUUGACGCGCCCAACCCAUCUAGCUCCUUUAGAGAGGCACUGGGAAGAAGUGUUGCUGCUGCAGAAAGCCGAGCGAAGGAAGCUGAAUCAUUAUUUGGCAGUAUUGCCUCGCAUUUGGACAAUCAUUGGGCCGUACUAAGUCACGACUCACUCCCUGCUAAUCAACGUUUGGCCCUCAAAAACUUCUGCAAAGAUCUAGCUGAGGUUGCUACCCGUCACUUUGACGCCUACAUAAGCGGAAAACAGGUAUCAAAAAUUGAACCAACUCCUGAUCCUUGCCGAACUCCGCAAGCGCCGGAGUCUUUAACAUACGCCAAGGUGGCUCGCCGACCCCAGGGCAUCCACACCGAGAGUAUGCAUAGCAGUAAAGAGCCAGCACGUCCUAGCCCAAAAACACAACCGCAACAACAUCGCACUGACGAUUGUCUGUUUGUCUGCAUACCUGAUGAUGAUAGGCUCAGGGGUCUCUCAGCAUACGCUUUCCAGUCUCACCUGAAAGCUAAGCUAGGAAACGAAGGGCGAGUUCUAGUUAACGUGUAG